CUCCCCAGCCUUCCCUUCACCCCUCGCUCUGCAGUCAGCCUGUGGGGUGGGACCCACGGGACAAACAGGUGCAGGGCCAGGUUCUUUGCUGAGUGGCCGCAGCCUCCACUCCCUGAAGGCGGAGCCCGUUCUUGCGACACAAACGGUGAGUGUUGGUCCACGACCCCAGGAGCUUCACGGGACCCGGAGUCCCUCCGCGUGGCUGAAGACGCACGUUUCCUGCCCAGAACGUGUCAGGAACACAAGCCAGGCCCAGGAGAGCUGUGGCCCUGCUCCCAGCCCCGCCCCAGCUCUCAGUUCCUCGUUCUUUCCCCACAUCCCACCUGCAUUUAUCCCACGCCUUCCUUCCCCUCUUGCCACUACUCCCUCCCCCUGGGAGGCCUGGCGGGCUCAUCUUACAAAGCGUCAUUUGAUGUGUGUGCACCUCUGGGUGCAUCUCUGUUCUCCCCAGCGUCUCUGCCACUGCCUACCUUUCUCACUGUUCAGAGCCAAGCACACCUAGACGCCCAGCCCCUUGAGGACAGGGCCUGGACCCCGCACCCGCCUGUGCAGCCUCCAGACCCUCACAAAUGGCCCUGCGUGUGGGAGGUGAUCGGGAAAUGCUUGUUGAAGACUUCUUCAUCUCCAGGGCACCCCCUGCUCACACAUGUGCACACAUGCAUACUCAUAUACGUGCACAUGCACACAGAUGCACACGCACAUACACAUGCACACACACACACACGUGCGCACACGAUCUGUUCGCCCGGCUUUCUUGCCCCUCGUGUCACUCCCUGCUCCCUGACAUUCCAUCAUCUUGACAUACUCGUGACGUGAUACUACGCUAUUUGCUUUUACGGUCUCUCCUGCUGGAACGUCAUCCUCGGAGGGCAGGGACUUUGUCUCACUCACCGCUGUAUCUCCAGGGCCUGGCACACACUGGGGGCUCAGCCAGUAUUUGUCAAAUGAGUGACCCCCCCCCGCCCCCUCCCCUGUCCCUAAAGCGGACUGGCGCAGCCCCUGUCACUCGCAGUGGUUCACGCCUCUCACGUGCCUUCUGAAACCAAAGUAAAAAGUUGCAGUCAAGGAAAUGGAGGGAUCGAGAAGACAUCUCCAGAGGAGUGGUCCUCACGGGGUCCCUGGGUCCGCAGCACCACGGAAUCAACCGGGGAACUUGUCAGAAAUGCAGCUUCCCAGGCCCACCCCAGAGGGGCUGAACCCAAGACUACUACUGCGAGGACCCCAGGAUGAAGAUCACCACGCCCUGCGUGAGCUCAGGCAGCCUGUGGGACCCCAGCCUCACUGUGGAGACCCUCGAGGCCCGCCAGCUGCGGCUGAGCUUCACCCCGUGGAACGAGUCCACCAAAUACCAGAUCCUGCUGGACAGCUUUCUACCCGCGGAGAACCGGAGCUGCUUCCAGCGCGUCAUGGAUCUGACCGUGCCUGCACAGGAGGCCACCCGGCAGUGCUGCAACGUCACGCUCACCCUGCCAGACCUCAGCUGGUGCUGCCGUCACCACGUGCAGAUCCAGCCCUUCUUCAGCAGCUGCCUCAACGACUGCCUCCGACACUCGGUGGCCGUGCCCUGCCCAGAGGUCCUGCACACCCCAGACGGCGUCGAAGACUACGUGCCCCUGUGGGUCUCCGGGUGCAUCCCCGGCCUCUCCAUCCUGCUGGUGGGUUCCGUCAUCCUGCUGGUCGUCUGCAUGGCCUGGCGGCUGCCGGGGUCCCAUCACAGAAAAUAUGAAAACGGCACCAGAUGCACAGACGUCCUGCCCGCUGCCACCAGCCUGAGCCCCCCACCCUUGAAGCCCAGGAAGGUGUGGAUCGUUUACUCGGCCGAUCACCCCCUCUACGUGGACGUGGUCCUAAAGUUCACCCAGUUCCUGCUCACCGUGUGCGGCACCGAAGUGGCCCUCGACCUGCUGGAGGAACAGGCCAUCUCGGAGGCGGGGGUCAUGACCUGGGUGGGCCGCCGGAAGCAGGAAGUGGUGGAGGGCAACUCCAAGGUCAUCGUCCUGUGCUCCCGAGGCACCCGGGCCAAGUGGCAGGCCAUUCUCGGCGGGGAGGACGCCACCGUCCAGCUUCGCUGUGACCGCGGGAAGCCCGCGGGGGACCUGUUCACGGCGGCCAUGAACAUGAUCCUGCCGGACUUCAAGAGGCCGGCCUGCUUCGGCACCUACAUCGUCUGCUACUUCAGUGACAUCAGCUGCAAGGCCGACAUCCCCGAGCUCUUCAACAUCACCUCCUGCUACGCGCUCAUGGACAAGUUUGAGGAGGUCUACUUCCGCAUCCAGGACCUGGAGAUGUUCGGGCCGGGCCGCAUGCACCGCGUCGGGGUGCUCACGGCCCAGAACUACCUGCAGAGCCCCGGCGGCCAGCAGCUCCGCGAGGCCGUGCAGCGCUUCCGACGCUGGCAGGCCCAGUGCCCCGACUGGUUCCAGCUCGAGAACCUCUGCUCGGCAGACGACCAGGACCUCCCGUCCCUGGAUGAGGAGGCCUUCGAGGAGCCGCCGCCGGGAGGAGGGAUCGUCCGGCAGGAGCCGCUGGUGCUGGAACCCGCCUCCCAGGGCAGCCUGCUGGUGGAGCUGCUCCUCGCGGGGGACAGAGGGGGCCCAUCGCGGCUGGAGCCCCAGCCUUGGCCCCAGGAGCAGCCGGCGGCCCAGACGCUCCAGACCACGGUGGUCCCGGUGGACAGGGCCCCUCCGGCGCAGGCGGUGGAGCCCGUGCCUCAGGCCGUCAGGAGCGGUGCCGCCAGCCGGCUGGCCCUGGCUGGGGGAGACGAGGCCCGCCCGCUCCUGGGCGGCUGGGGCCCUGGGCGGAACAGCAUCCUCUUCCUCCCCGUGCACCCCGAGGACCCGCCCGUCCGCAGCAGCCCCGCGGGGCGGCCGGACGGCUCCGUGCUGCCGCCCCCGCAGCAGAGCCCGAGCUGCCAGGACGUGCGCGCACCCCCUGGGGAGGAGCAGCGGCGGUCGGUGCAGUCGGACCAGGGCUACAUCUCCAGGAGCUCCCCGCAGCUCCCGGACGACGACGACGGGGACCGGGGCGGGGGGCCGGGCGCGCAGCCGCUGUAUCCCGAGGGCCUGGAGAGCCUGCGGCGCCUGCAGCUGCAGCUCUUCCUCCAGGAGCUCCGCAAGAACCCUGGCCUGGAGCCCAAGGGGCCGCCGCGUGGGGCCUCCCCCGCCCAGGGCGGUGAGCACGUGUGUCCGUAGGUGUGCACGUGUGGACGUGUGUAUGCUCGUGUGUGAGACGUGUACCUUUAAAACAUAAACACCUUGACUCUGUCCCCUUAACCUUUCUUCCCGUGACCGUCCCCACGAGAAUCCACAGCCUGUUCCCAGGAG